AUGGGACAGGGCUCUACACAGACAGGGCUCUACACAGACAGGGCUCUACACAGACAGAGCGCUACACAGACAGGGCUCUACACACACAGAGCUCUACACACACAGAGCUCUACACAGACAGGGCUCUACACAGACAGGGCUCUACACAGACAGAGCGCUACACAGACAGAGCUCUACACAGACAGAGCUCUACACAGACAGGGCUCUUCACAGGCAGGGCUCUACAAUGACAGGGCUCUACACAGACAGGGCUCUACACAGACAGGGCUCUACACAGACAGAGCGCUACACAGACAGAGCUCUACACAGACAGAGCUCUACACAGACAGGGCUCUUCACAGGCCGGGCUCUACACAGACAGGGCUCUACACAGACAGAGAUCUACACAGACAGAGCUCUACACAGACAGGGCUCUUCACAGGCAGGGCUCUACACACACAGAGCUCUACACAGACAGAGCUACAGAGCUCUACACGGGACAGGGCUCUACACAGACAGGGCUGUACACGGGACAGGGCUCUACACAGACAGGGCUCUACACAGACAGGGCUCUACACGGGACAGGGCUCUACACAGACAGGGGUCUACAUGGGACAGGGCUCUACACAGACAGGGGUCUACACAGACAGGGCUCUACACAGACAGAGCUCUACACGGGACAGGGCUCUGCACAGACAGGGCUCUACACAGACAGGGCUCUACACGGGACAGGGCUCUACACGGGACAGGGCUCUGCACAGACAGGGCUCUACACAGACAGGGCUCUACACGGGACAGAGCUCUACACAGACAGGGCUCUACACGGGACAGAGCUCUACACAGGACAGGGCUCUACACAGACAGGGCUCUACACGGGACAGGGCUGUUCAUGGGACGGAAACAUUUUAA